GAAGGAAGGAGCCCAGCAGAGCAGAGCAGCAGAGCUGGAGCACAGAACCACUCUAUGUAUGCCCAAUGCUAGGAGGUUGCACACAAUGUGCUGCUGCUGCUGGAGAUGAGGCUGCCCAUGCUCAGGAUCUAUGCACCAAGAGGGCAGCUGCUUGCUAGGAACAGAGAUGCGUGAUCUGCACUGCAUUCAUUCCUGAUCAUGGAGAUUGAAAACAUUGUGGCCAACACUGUGCUGCUGAAAGCCAGGGAAGGUGGAGGAGGCAAAAGGAAUGGACGCAGCAAGAAAUGGAAGGAGAUGUUGAGGUUGCCACACAUAAGCGUUUGUGAAGAACUCCGACAUACAGUGGAAAGAGACUACAGCACCGUAUGUGAGAAGCAACCAAUUGGAAGACUUCUCUUCAGACAGUUCUGCGACACCCGACCGGAACUGAAGAGGUGUAUUGAAUUCCUAGACGCUGUGACAGAAUAUGAGGUGGCCUCAGAUGAGAAGCGCAAAGAUCAUGGUCUCAAGGUUUUGUAUACCUACUUCAAUAACGGGUCUGCAGCCCGUUUGCCGGGAAUACCUCAGGACACCGUACAUGAAUGUAAGGAGAGGCUGGAGCAGAGUCCCUGUAAGGAGCUUUUUAAAGACUGCACUAGAGUGGUUCGUGAUCAUCUCCGUGGUGGACCGUUCGAGGAUUUUCAGGAAAGCAUGUAUUUCUCCCGCUUCUUACAGUGGAAAUGGCUUGAGAGGCAGCCAGUCACGAAGAACACAUUUCGGCAUUACCGGGUGCUGGGGAAAGGUGGAUUUGGUGAGGUGUGUGCCUGCCAAGUCCGAGCCACUGGGAAGAUGUACGCCUGUAAAAAGCUGGAAAAGAAAAGGAUAAAAAAGAGGAAAGGAGAAUCCAUGGCAUUAAACGAAAAGCUGAUUUUAGAAAAAGUAAAUAGUUACUUUGUAGUUAGUUUAGCCUACACGUAUGAAACCAAGGACGCCCUUUGCUUAGUAUUAACCAUUAUGAAUGGCGGGGACCUGAAGUUUCACAUCUACAACAUGGGGAACCCUGGCUUUGAUGAGCAGAGAGCAGUGUUUUAUGCUGCCGAGCUGUGCUGCGGCCUGGAGGAUCUGCAGCGAGAGAGGAUCGUUUACAGGGAUUUAAAGCCAGAAAAUAUCCUGCUGGAUGACCGUGGGCACAUCAGGAUCUCAGAUCUCGGGUUAGCGGUGCACAUACCUGAAGGAGAGUCCAUUCGUGGCAGAGUUGGCACAGUGGGUUAUAUGGCACCUGAAGUCAUCAACAACGAAAGCUACACAUUCAGCCCUGACUGGUGGGGGCUCGGCUGCCUUAUUUAUGAAAUGAUCCAAGGUCAAUCGCCCUUCAGGAAAAGAAAGGAGAAGGUGAAGCGGGAUGAGGUGGACAGACGGGUGAAGGAAGAUGAAGAGGAGUAUUCCGAGAAGUUUUCAGAGGAUGCCAAAGCUAUCUGCAGGAUGUUACUCGCAAAGGACCCCAAACAGCGGCUUGGCUGCAAAGGCGAUGGAGCUGCAGGUGUCAAACAGCACACGAUAUUCAGGAACGUCAACUUCAAACGUCUGGAAGCCAAUAUGCUGGAGCCUCCAUUUGUUCCUGAUCCGCGUGCUGUGUAUUGUAAGGACGUGCUGGACAUCGAGCAGUUCUCCACCGUGAAGGGAGUGAACCUGGACACCACAGAUGAUGACUUUUACUCUAAAUUUGUGACGGGCAGCGUCUCCAUUCCAUGGCAGCAAGAGAUGAUUGAAACAGAGUGCUUUAAAGACAUCAAUGUGUAUGAGACAGACGGCUGCUUGUCGCCAGACCUGGAUGUGAGCAAACAGAACAUUAGACCAAAGAGAAGCUUCUUCCAUCGAUUGUUCAGAAGAGGGGUCUGCUUUAAAUCCUCCUACAGUGAUGAUGAUGAAGAGGCCUCCAGACCAUGAACCACUGUCCAAUAGCCAAAAAAAUCAAAUCCUAGAGCGUUAAAACUGCAAAUAUUUUAUUGUAUCUAUGAACUGUAAAGGUGUAUUAUAAAUUAAACAAAGAAUUCUGUAUGAGUUUACAGAUUUUGUACAUUUCUACUUGAAUUCUGUUAAGAUGUAUAUUUUCACAACGUGUAUUGUACAAAAAAAAGGCCAUAUUCGUACCACUCCGAUGCAUAUAGUGUGUUUGCGUGUGCAUAUGUAUAUUAAUGAUACAUAUAUAAUAUGCCAAUAUAUGCACACCAUGUUAUCUUGAAUGACUGAAAGUAUUUAAUUCCGCAGUCUGUUAGCGGCAUUAACUGCAUACAGUGCGACAGGGCCCCCACCCCGUACAUAGGCAGACACAGUGAAUAAGGGCCACAUACUAAGCUCCGCCUCUCAGGGCGAGGGGGUGGAAAGCAGCACUGCAAGGACUUGUCUAUACUGUUUGUAUGGUUCUGAGCUAUAUUUGUGGAUUAAAGGAGAACUUUCCAUUUUUGUUUUA